CUACUCGACUAUAGUUUUUAUUUAAGCUCUCUCAGUUUYUCUCUCCUCGUUCCCUCCCACCAGCGAAAAUAGACGCAUUUCAGCAAAACAGGAGAAACCAGGCCCUUGAUUUUAUUUCUUUUAUUUGGAUCCAAUAAUGGACGCUCGAGAUUCACCUUCAUCGGCCGCCCCGAAUCGAGAUGGCUCCUCGUCGGCUGCUGAGGAGGAUGGUGCUGUAUCCGUCACCGCUGCUCUUGCUAAGGAUGCAGCAUCGCUUUUCCAAUCGGGAAAGUAUGCUGGGUGUGUAGAGGUCUUGAACCAGCUGUUGCAGAAGAAAGAAGACGAUCCCAAGGUACUUCAUAAUAUCGCCAUUGCUGAAUACUUGAGGGAUGGUUGUUCCAAUCCUAAGAAGUUGCUUGAAGUAUUGAAUCAUGUCAAGAAGAGGAGUGAGAACCUUGCAAUUUCAUCUGGAGAACAAAUAGAUACUCUGAAUCCUGAAAAUAAGAGUACUUUGGGUAAAGGAAAUAAUGCAUUGGCUCAUCAAACUGCAGCAAAUAAUGCCAAUAUUGUAUACAUGGAUGAGUUUGAUGCCUCCAUUGUUACCCUAAACAUUGCCGUCAUAUGGUUCAAUCUCCAUGAAUAUACGAAGGCGUUGGCAGUUCUUGAACCUUUAUAUCAAAAUAUUGAACCCAUAGACGAGACAACAGCUCUUCAUAUUUGCUUUCUGCUGCUGGAUGUUGGACUAGCCUGCCGUGAUGCAUCAUUGUCUGCGGAUGUUCUACUUUAUCUGGAAAAAGCUUUUGGGGUUACCAGUACAAGCCAAAGUGAAAAUGGAAUUACAGGGGUACAGCAAUCCACUAAUGUAGUUGCAAAAUCUUCAUCUGUUCCUACCAAUGCUUCUGCUUCUGAGUCUUCAAAUACAGAUUUAGCUGCAAGUGUGAAUGCCUCGGAGAAUCCUCUAUCGAGAACUUUAUCAGAGGAGACAUUUGAGUAUGAGUCCAUGCUAUCGACUCUGGAUAUUGGUGGUCAGAAUCUACCAACACAGGCUGGUUUUUCAUCUUCAAAUGUUCUUUUAAGGACCCCAGUUGAUCGGUCUCUAUCUACAGUUGAUCUCAAACUUAAAUUGCAACUAUAUAAGGUUCGCUUUCUUCUUCUCACUAGAAACUUAAAGCAAGCGAAGCGAGAAGCAAAGCAUGCCAUGAACAUAGCUCGUGGAAGAGAUUCAUCCAUGGCUCUUCUCUUAAAGGCUGAACUUGAAUAUGCCCGUGGCAACCAUCGUAAGGCCAUGAAGCUGCUACUUGCAUCAAGUAACCGAACCGACAUGGGAAUUUCAAGCAUGCUAAACAACAACCUUGGCUGCAUAUAUAAUCAACUUGGGAAGUAUCAUACAUCAACAGUAUUCUUUUCCAAAGCUGUUUCCAAUAGUGCAGCUCUCUGGAAGGAUAGAAAGCCGACGACUUUUUCACAAGACAACUCACUCCUUAUCGUGUAUAAUUGCGGUGUUCAGUACUUGGCUUGUGGAAAACCACUUCUUGCUGCUCGGUGCUUCCAAAAAGCCAGUUUGAUUUUCUAUAACCGCCCCCUGUUGUGGCUCCGACUUGCCGAAUGCUGCCUAAUGGCUUUAGAGAAGGGGCUUCUAAAGGACAACCUUGCUGAUUCCGAUAGAUCAGACGUCAAAGUUCAUAUUGUUGGAAAGGGAAGAUGGAGGCAGCUUGUAUUGGAAGAUGGAGUCUCGAGAAAUGGAUGCACAUAUUCCUCUGGAAAAGAAGAUGGGCAUUUCAAUAGUGAAGGACAACCGAAGCUGUCAGUUUCUCUUGCUCGGCAAUGUCUUUCUAAUGCCCUGUACUUAUUAAACCAUUCCGAGACGAGCUUUUUGCACUCUGUAUUGGCCUCUAAUUCUUCCAUGGAGGAGAGAGAUUCAAGUGAAGUGGCAGCUUCCAGGAAAAAUUAUAAGAACUUACAUUCGAUUGAUUCCAAGGCUUCCUCCGUAACUCUAGGCUCAAGUCAGAUAAGUGCAAACGGUGAUGCGAAAGAACAGAAAGGUGCAACAAUUCAGGAGCUUGUGCAAAACUCCCUCUCCUACUAUGAUGAUAUUUCUCGGAGAGAGAACCUGUUGAUUAAGCAAGCACUUCUUGCAAACCUGGCCUAUGUUGAGUUGAAACUUGGAAACCCGUUGAGAGCCCUGACAAUUGCAAGGUCUCUUGUUGAUCUUCCUGACAGUUCUAAAGUUUACACAUUCUUAGGCCACAUUUAUGCUGCAGAGGCCCUUUGCUUGCUAAAUAGACCGAAAGAAGCUGCCGACCAUUUAUUAUGCUAUUUGUCUGGAGGAAAUAGUUUCAAAUUGCCAUUCAGCCAAGAGGACUGUGAGCUAUGGCAACUAGAUGGGACUGCUGAUCUUGAAGGUGCAAAUGGAGGACCGGCAACUGCCACCAAUUAUUCGUCGUCCCACGACGACCCUCAUGGUAUCAAGUUCCUCAGACCCGAGGAAGCACGGGCAGUCCUCUAUGCAAAUUUUGCCACUCUUUCGGCUUUACAAGGAGAAUUCGAACAGGCUCGACAGUUUGUAUCAGAAGCAUUAUCGAUUGAACCAAACAGUCCAGAAGCCACUUUGACCGCAGUUUACGUGGAUCUCGCUCUCGGUAAGUCGCAAGAAGCCGUUGCCAGAUUAAAACAGUGUAGUUGUGUAAGGUUCCUUCCCAGUGGAUUGACAAUGAAAAGAUCUUCAUGAUUGGUAUAACUGGUGGCUUUGUAUUAAUGUCCUGCCCUCAUGUUAGUACUAGUCAUUGGGCUAGUCGGCUAGAUAGUAAUCUUUAGGAGGAACAUAUGAUAUAGCUCACGUCAGAGAAUAAAAUUGAUGUUCAUUUUUUUUUCUCUCUUUUUAAUUUUUAUCUCUAGGGUUCAUUUGUAGUUGUGUAUCUGUUUUUUUGGUUAGUGGAGAUGAUGAUGUCCUAUUGUUACCAUGAACGUUGAUAGAGCUUUUCUUGAGAAAGAAAUUGAAAAGAAAAAAAAAGGUAUUUUUCUCU